UGAAAUCACCUUCUAGCGUGGAGGAGGGAGGGCUCAAAAGAACAUUUCCACAGGAGGCGGGAACUGCAGAAGGGACAUUUGAGCUUCAGAAAGGAUCCAGCUGCUGCAGGCAGAAAAGGACAGCAUGGCCCAGCACAAAGCCUGUCAGGAGCAAGAUGACUGCGCGAGUAAAGUGACUCUCUCCACGAUGAGGCUCAGAGUCCUGCCUCCCACGGUCCUGCAGGACCCCAGAGUGGAGAGCCUGAACCUGGACCGGAACAAGCUGAAACACGUCGCCGGGAUCUCAAAGCUUGGCAACUUGAGAAAGCUGAUCUUGUCCAAGAAUGAAAUUGCGGACUUCCCCGAGAAAAUCCAGAGCCUGGUUCACCUGGAGAAGUUGGAAUUGAAUCAGAACCAAAUCCGGGUGAUCCCGGAGGGGAUCUUCUCCUGUCUUCCCAGGCUCAAACACUUGCGGCUGAACAACAACCGCCUCAGUGCUCUGCCCAAGGACUUGGCCACCUGCAGCAGCAGCCUCCAGUACCUCAAUCUGUCCAACAACUUCUUCCGAGCCCUCCCCGAAGCUGUCCUAGAACUGGUGAGUUUACAGGAGCUCUAUGUGCAGAAUAAUGCAUUGCGCCAGCUCCCCAGGGAGCUGUUUGAAGGGAGGCCGCUGAAGAUGUUCAAAGCAAAUGGGAACCCGCUGCGGGAGCCUCCCAGUGAAGUCUGCGCUGGGGGCAUCCAGCAGAUCCUGAGCUACUUCAGCCAACUGCAGAACUGCCAUGUGGAGGAAGACAGGAGGGUGAAGACCAUGUUCCUGGGGGCCUCACUGGCAGGAAAAUCCACUAUCUGUAAGAGCCUGAAGCAGAGCCGAGUGGUUCUGGUGUCUGAGGAGGAGCGGACAGUGGGGAUUGAGAUCAGCGAAUUCCACAUCCAGGACUUCACGUUUCUCUUCUGGGACUUUGCUGGGCAGCUGGAGUACUACGUGACCCACCAUGUGUUCAUCACCCCACAGGCCCUCGUCAUCCUGGUCAUUAACUUCGAGAAGUACCAGCUCAAUAAUGACAUCUUCCAGGAGCUGGUUGGCUUCUGGAUCAAUAACCUCUUCAUGCGAGUCCCAAACUCCGUGGUCCUGCCCGUAGGAACCCACACAGACUGCUGCACUGAGGAGGAAGUGGAAGAAAAGAAGCGGGACAUCAUGAGCAAGAUCCAGGCCAUGCUGGAGGAAAGGAGGGCAAACCUCACCCAUUUCAUCAACAAUCUGGAAAGCAGUGAGGAGUCCGAGUUCUACGUGGACCAGUGGGACAGACUGAAGGAAAUGGAGAGCUGCACCUUGACUAUUUUAAACCUUGUUCCUGUUAAUUGCACUAAUUACUGGGAUAUUAAAAAACUUGAAACUACUAUUUUGGAGCACGUCAGGAAUGAAGAAAUAUUUCCUAAUGUUAUCCGAGUGCUGCCCCCUGUCUAUAAGGAAGUGGAAGCAGCAAUUGUAGAUAUUGAGCAGAGUGAGGAGACAGCAGAACAUGGCAUGAUGGACCUCAACCACUUACUCAGUGAAAUCACAUGCCGAGAGCACCUGAGCCAUCUGGGCACAGAGCUUUUCCAGGACAUCCUGAGAUACCUCCACCGCAUCGGGCUGAUUAUAUGGUAUGAAGAAAUCAAGCAGCUGGAAAGCACAGUCUUUCUCCGGCCAGCCUUUCUAAUAACCAUGUUCAAGAUCCUUGUUACAUAUCGCCUGGUUCAGCAGCUGGAAAGCAUCUCCGUGGACCUGCUGGUGGGAGAACAUGCUACCAUCAGAGACCAGUCCAACUGGGUGUGGACAUUCAAGUCGAAGGCCAUGCUGUGCCAGCGGGCCAUGCGAGCCUUGGUCAAGCACCAGCUCUACUCGGAAGGGAUGAAGGAUGUCUUUGAGGAGAUGGUGGGGCACAAGGCCCAGAAGGGGAAGCUGUUCAGCCUUCUGGAGCACUUUGAGAUCUGCCUGGAGGUGAGGAAUGCCAAGGACCUCAACCCAGGGGCCAGGGAGUUUGUGCCGGGGAAGCCAUGGGAAACAACGCAGAACUGCCGCGAGGCCUAUUACUUGUUUCCCACGUAUCUCAACCAGAGCGAGGAGGUUUCUGAGAGGUGGGGAGGAGAUCAUCUGGAGGAUCUCCAUGUCCGGGCCUACUUCUCACCUGAGAUCCCAGAGGGCUUCUUCCAAAGGCUCAUGGUGAAAGCUUGCUCCUUCUACUCGGCCCACUGGGUUGCGAAGGUCACGUGCCUGCUCAUAUGCAGUGGCAAACCCUUGCUGAUCAAAGAGAACAACCAGAAGGGCUAUAGUUAUAUUGAACUCCGGAGCAGAAAGCCAGUGCAAAGGACAGAAUUCCAGUUCACAUGGGAUUUUUUCAUGGUGAUAAUCUUCAUCAUCCGGAAGCUCUCAGAGGAAUGGCCUGGUCUCCACAUGUGCAUGAAGGCGCCUUGUCGAACGGCAGAAUGUCCUGCAGAAUUUUUCUGGCCAGAUGUGGACGACAAGAACACAGUGAUGAAGGAAGAAAUUAAAACUUGUGGAACAUGUGGCCAUCGGUUUCGAACUGAGCUGCUUUUACCCAAAGUUCCAAGUGACCUGGAGGUUCCACAGCCCCCGCCCCCUGCUCACUAUUAUGUCACUAGCUAUGGGACUACAUCUUUCGGCCCCAGCAGCAUCCAUGUCAAUCGCCAGAGUAUCUUGGACAAAUGACUCUGCCUGCCCAAGAGAGGUCCAUUGGGAAGGACGUCCUUUUAGCCAAGACUCUUAGCUUGUUGAGUGCCUUGCUAAGCAAUCUCUUAAGCGCUCUGUACAGCAAGAUCCAUUUCACUGUUUGCAGUGUGUGUACUGGCAGUGUUGUGCAGUAAACAAUUUCCACCCACUGGA